UUUUGAAUAAAUAAAAUAUAUUUCAAUAUUGGGGGUCAUGAGAGCGUAUCGACGAUGCAAAGGCAGCUAGUAUACCACAAAAGUAGGCUUGCAAUGGGUCUUCGACAGAGGAUAGACCUUGAUAUUCCAAGGCUGCUGCGGUUCGACCACCACUUGAGUCACUGCGAUUCGGACUGGUGGGUUCGUUGAGGUUCAUUGAAGACCAUCGUUCAUUUCCCGGUAAUCGUCGAGGACGCCACGUGAGACCUGCAUUCGGAAUCAACUAAGUCAUCCAAUCGUUGACCACACUCUACAUGCAUGGAGUUCUUCAACGAUGUGGGCGGAGAUCCGCUCAAGCCCUCCUUGUUUGAAUUAGUUGCCCAAGAGCAGCUUCGUGAUCUACUCCAACCUGCUCUAAAGUAUGUCCUCGCAGUAUUUGCUCAACGCUACCCUCGCCAACUCAUCCGUAUAGUCAACCGCCAUGAAGAAUUUUAUGCCUUCAUCAUGCUUUUUGUUGAACGUCACUAUCUCCGCAAGCACAAUGCAUCAUUUGCUGAGAAUUUUUACGGUCUGAAGAGACGCAGAAAGCCUUGGAUAACAACCGAGCGAGCAACAGCUGCUGUUGGUGGAAUACCACCUGGUGAGAAGCUCAGAAGUCGCGAGAUUUGGCGGUCGUUAUUUUUCCUAAUUGCUGUACCUUAUUUACGAGCGAAAGGGCAAGACUACUACGAGUCACUCGGUGGAGGCAUUGACUCGGAUAUCCUGGAGGACGGAGGCAGCGAAAGACAUAUACGAGAACUCACAGACGAGAGUAUUGCAGGUGUUAUACGCAGAAAGUUCAAAACACUAUACCCAUGGUUCAACACCGGAUUUGAAGUAUGGCUUCUUGCUCAUAAUGUAUCCUAUUUAUUCGAUCGCACCCCAUUCUACCGCCCAUGGUUAGCUUGGAUAGGAGUCGAUCUCAGAAGACUCAAUAUGGACGAUUUCCUCGCACACCAAGUGAAGCAAAAUGCGAUCUCCCCAACGAAGAACGGAUUCUUAGCUGUAGUUCGACGGCUCAUGCUGCUGUCACCACAAUUACUACUCGACUCCUUGAGACUUCUCUUGCCUACAGCCAUCUUCUUCAUCAAAUUUCUUGAGUGGUGGUAUUCCCCGGGCUCUCCUGCGCGGUCACUGUCUAUAUCCCCUCUAGGUCCGGUCAUCCCUCCACCUCAGAUACUUCCACCACAUCCCGCAGGGAUCACUAUCGACAGCACGAAAUACGGACAUUGCCCGCUCUGCCAAGAGCCUAUUCACAACGCAACAGCAUUGCCAUCCGGUUACGUUUUCUGCUACCGCUGCGCACACGACCAUGUCGAGCAACACGGUAAUUGCCCAAUAACGCUCCUGCCUGCAAAGGCGUGGCAACUCAGGAAGGUCUUGGUUUAAGUUGGUUCACUACCUCAUGGUAUUUGCGUUGGUACAUUAUAUAUGACGUUCUCUGUUCUCGGUAGUUCACCGCCAAGAAUUAUACGAAGAAACAUCUCACAAAUAUCCAGGGUCAUGAUCUAUCAUCA